AUGCGCAACAUGAGUAAUAUUAGUUCGGAGAAGAAAGAAUACCUCGCUAAGCUGGUGCGUAACAGGUUCAACUUCAUGUACGGGGAUGCACAUGGUGUAUGCUACCUGUUAGACCCUCGUUACUUGGGCGAUGAUAUGACACGGAGAUUGCGCAAUGAGAUAGAAGAUUUCAUCUACAACUUUCUAAAGAAUGACGGGACAACCAACAAGGAAAGACAGGAGCAACUGGCCCAGGAAUAUACAGCUUUCCGAAUUGAGGCACUGAGAGAACGACAGGAGAACACGUUCCGCUUCAGACUCAUUGGCCAAUCUAAAUCAGUUCUUCAGUGGUGGAAGGCUGAUGGCACUGAUUGGCCAUUAUUGCAAGAUUUGGCCACAUGUGUAUUUUCCAUGGCAGCAUCAAGUGCUGCAAGCGAACGUAGCUUUUCCACCUUUGGUUUCAUUCAUACCAGACUAUGCAACCGUUUGGGCCCAGAAAAAGUUAAGAAACUAGUUUACAUCAAGACAAACACUGCACAAAUCAGUGGCACCGACUUAUUUGACUAUGCCAGUGACUGUAGCAUCGAUUUCAGUAUGGAUGUUAACAUUCUCGAAGAU